AUGUUUUCCGGGAGCAUUCAUCGGCUACAUUACAAGACCUUCGUAAAAAUUCAGACACAGAAAACGAGAGACCGAUUCGAUUCAGAGAAGAAUUCGACCAACAAUGGGAAAGGAUUUGAGCGAUGCACAGAUUUCGGCCAUGAAAGAGGCCUUUACGCUCUUUGAUACCGACGGCGAUGGCAAGAUCGCCCCAUCGGAGCUUGGGAUUCUCAUGCGUUCCCUCGGUGGAAACCCUACGCAAGCGCAACUCAAGUCCAUAAUCGCCGAGGAAAAACUCACAUCUUCUUUUGAUUUCAACAGGUUUAUCGACCUAAUGUCCAAGCACCUCAAGCCGGAGCCCUUUGAUCGCCAGCUCCGUGAUGCGUUUAAGGUUAUCGAUAAGGACGGUACCGGAUACGUCGUCGUUGCGGAUCUCAAACAUAUCCUCACAAGUAUCGGGGAGAAGCUAGAGCCUGCGGAGUUCGAUGAGUGGAUCCGAGAGAUUGAUGUUGGAUCCGAUGGGAAGAUCAAGUAUGAGGACUUCAUUGCAAGAAUGGUUGCUAAAUGAUUUGUAUCAACCGUCAUUUGUGAAUAUUCAGGAAAUGCCGAUAAUCUGAUCUGGGCUCUUGUUGUUCGGUGUGCAGGUUGGAGGUGCUAAUGAAAACCGCAUGCUUCCCACCUCCUUUUUCUUCUUCUUCUUCUUGUUUACAUUUUCGUAUGGUGAUUUCGUUGGCUCUGGAUUGGGAGUCUUUCUGUUUGGUAGUUUGAUCAAGUAUUUUGCAGUUGGGGUAUGCUGGAGAAACCCACAAUUUGUGUUUGCUCAUUUCUUAUUUUUUUCCGAACAGUCUGCUGCUUGUGAAUAGGUUUAACCAAUGUAUUAACAUUUGGCAAUUUGGUUUCUGUCAAUUCAUCUGAAACUUGCAAAUGCUUCUUCUAAA